AGUCGUCUCUGGUGUCUUGGUCUUGUCCUACUCACUCACGGGCGUCGAAACCUAAACGAAAAGACUGCAUGGUGGAUAUUAUUAAUUAGCGGCGAACCCUUGUCCUUACAAUUAGCCAUACUGUGCCGAUCGCCAGUGAGCCUGUGUGCGAUUCGGAGGCAAGAAAGCGCGACGAGUAACAGGCGGAUCCGCCAACAAAGAAGAGCGUUGACCCUCGAUCACAGCGGUUUGACAGAAGAUCCGCAAAGAUGUCCAAGAAGCCAGCGGUGCAGCCGGCGCUGCACAAGGUCAUCAUGGUGGGCAGUGGAGGCGUUGGCAAGUCAGCUCUUACCCUGCAGUUCAUGUAUGAUGAGUUUGUCGAGGACUACGAGCCCACAAAGGCGGAUUCGUAUAGGAAAAAGGUAGUGCUGGACGGUGAGGAGGUGCAGAUCGACAUCCUGGACACAGCUGGACAGGAGGAUUACGCAGCAAUCAGAGAUAACUACUUCCGCAGCGGUGAAGGCUUCCUUUGCGUGUUCUCCAUCACAGAGCACGAGAGUUUCCAGUCGACAGAGGAGUUCAGGGAGCAAAUCUUACGAGUGAAAAAUGAUGACAACAUUCCGUUCCUGCUGGUGGGCAACAAGAGCGACCUGAAGGAAAAGCGGAAGGUUAGCCUGCAGGAGGCGACCUCGCGGGCGCAGCAAUGGGGCGUGCCCUACGUCGAGACGUCGGCCAAGACGCGCGAGAACGUGGACAAGGUCUUUUUCGACCUGAUGCGGGAAAUAAGGUCGCGCAAGAUGGAGGAGAACAAGGCCAACAACGGCAAGGGCAAGGAAAAGUGCAAGAGGAAGAAACGCAAAUGCACCAUCUUGUAGAGCCGAAUCCCCAAUCUAGGUGUUUUGUGAGCUGCUACAGAAAAUUGCCAAGCGCAAGGCUGCUGAAGAGGUGACCAACAACAAGGAAGACAAGGCCACCAAAAAGUGUUGUGUUAUUAUGUGAAAGAAAAAUCAUUCCCCAAUGUACUGAAAUCGCAUGCGCCUUUUUUUCUACAAAGCAACAUCGAGACAACCGACGCAUUUCCGGCAAUUCAACAGAUAUUUCACUGUUCUUUCAACCAAAUCUUGGGGUCCAUCAAAUGGAGCCUUGCUUUACACUAAUUUUCCACUUGUGUACAUAUGAACCCUCUAUGAUUUGUAACUUAUUUUUAAUAGGUUUGUUUCGCACACUCAAAAUUUUAAUGUUGAAAGAAGCUUCCUCUGUAAUUACGGCUAAAUCAACUGAUUUUUUAUCACUUUAUCAUAUUAAUAUUAUUUAUAUUAUGUAAUAAGAUAUCUGAUUUAUUAAAAAGUUGUAAAGUAGA